AUGGCGUUUAUGACCGGAGAGUUCUGUCACCUUGGUAUACGACCUCGCACCCACCGAGCAGACUCUGCCACAAAGACAACAGGCAACAGCAGGCAACAGCAGACAACAGCAGGCAACAACAGACAACAGCAGGCAACAACAGAUAACAGCAGGCAACAGCAGACAACAGCAGGCAAUAGCAGGCAACAACAGACAACAGCAGACAACAACAGACAACAGCAGACACAACAACAGGCAACAGCAGACAACAACAGGCAACAGACAACAACAGGCAACAGCAGACAACAGCAGGCAACAGCAGACAAGCAACAGCAGACAACAGCAGGCAACAGCAGGCAACAGCAGACAACAGCAGACAGCAGCAGGCAACAGCAGGCAACAGCAGGCAACAGCAGGCAACAACAGGCAACAGCAGGCAACAGCAGGCAACAGCAGGCAACAGCAGGCAAUAGCAGGCAACAGCAGGCAAUAGCAGGCAACAGCAGACAACAGCAGGCAACAGCAGGCAACAGCAGGCAACAACAGCAGACAGCAGCAGGCAACAGCAGGCAACAGCAAGAAACAGCAGGCAACAACAGCAAGCAACAGCAAGCAACAGCAGGCAAUAGCAGGCAACCACAGGCAAUAGCAGGCAACAACAGACAACACCAGGCAACAACAGGCAACAGCAGACAACAGCAGGCAACAGGCAACAGCAGGCAACAGCAGACAACAACAGGCAACAACAUACAACAACAGGUAACAGCAGACAACAACAGGCAACAGCAGGCAAUAGUAGACAACAGCAGGCAACAACAUGCAACAGCAGGCAACAGCAGGCAACAGCAGGUAACAAUAGGCAACAGCAGGCAACAACAGGCAACAGCAGGCAACAUCAGGCAACAGCAGGCAACAGCAGACAACAACAGGCAACAACAGUCAACAGCAGACAACAACAGGGAACAGCAGACAACAACAGGCAACAACAAGCAACAGCAGACAACAACAGGCAACAGCAGACAACAGCAGACAACAACAGGCAACAACAGCACAGCAGGCAAGAGCGACAACAACAGGCAACAGCAGGCAACAUCAACAGCAGACAACAACAGGGAACAGCAGACAACAACAGGCAACAACAGACAACAUCAGGUAACAGCAGACAACAACAGGCAGCAGCAGGCAACAACAGGCAACAGCAGACAACAACAGGGAACAGCAGACAACAACAGGCAACAACAGGCAACAUCAGGUAACAGCAGACAACAACAGGCAGCAGCAGGCAACAACAGGCAACAGCAGACAACAACAGGCAACAGCAGACAACAACAGGCAACAACAGGCACCAGCAGGCAACAACAGGCAACAGCAGGCAACAACAGGGAACAGCAGGCAACAGCAGGCAACAGCAGGCAACAACAGGCAACAGCAGACAACAGCAGGCAACAACAGGCAACAGCAGGCAACAUCAGGCAACAACAGGCAUCAGCAGACAACAACAGGCAACAGCAGACAACAGCAGGCAAUUCUCCAUCCAAUCAGGAGAUUUGUUUACAUCCAGCCAAGACGAAAUUUGAGCCGCGGAGUCCAUUUCCUUUUAAAACUUUACUUUUCAUUAGCAGUGGCCACGCGCCAAUGUGUCCUCAAAUUGCCCGAAUCUAG